AUGUCAUAUCCAAUUAAAUUAUCACCACAUUUCAAAACUAAAUCCGGUAAAGAUAUUACAAUUGGAUUCGGAACUGGCACAAGAUGGAAAAGACCUUUGUUAAAAUCUGGUAAAAAUUAUAGUGAAGAAUUAGUUGAUCAAAUAUUAUUAGCAAUUGAUUCUGGAUUUAAUCAUAUAGAUACUGCUGAAGUUUAUGAAACCCAAACAUCUGUUGGUGAAGCUUUAAAAAGAACUAAAGUACCUAGAGAAGAUUUAUGGAUUACUACUAAAUAUAAUGGUGGCUUCAAAACUUUUAAAGCUCAUAGUAAGUCAGGUAAGGAUUCAAUUGACAAAGCAUUAAAAGAAUUAGGUGUCGAUUAUAUUGAUUUAUUUUUAAUUCACUCUCCAUUUUUCACUACUGAGUUAAGUCAUGGUCAUACUUUAGAAGACAUUUGGAGAGAUAUAAUUGAAGCUAAAAAAGAAGGUAAAAUUAGAGAAAUUGGAAUUUCAAAUGCUGCUAUAUCUCACUUGGAAAGAUUAUUCGCUGCUUCACCAAGUAAAGAAUUCUAUCCAGUAGUAAAUCAAAUUGAAUUUCAUCCUUUUUUACAAAAUCAAUCCAAAGAUAUCGUAAAGUAUAGUCAAGAUCAUAAUAUUUUAGUUGAAGCCUUUUCACCUUUAUCUCCAAUUACCAAAGCUGAAACAAAUAAUCUUGAAUCGAAUUUGAAAAAUUUGGCUGAAAAAUAUAAUAAAACUGAAGCUCAAAUCUUGUUGAGGUAUACUUUACAAAAGGGAAUAUUACCAAUUACAACAUCUGCAAAUGAAAAUAGAUUAAAACAAUCUUUGGAUUUAUAUAAUUUUGAAUUAUCAAAAGAAGAAGUUGAUGAAAUUGAUAAAUUAGGACGUGAAAACCCAUUUAGAUUAUUUUUCCAUGAAGAAUUUAAAGAAUAA